CCUCGAACCUUGAUCCUAGAUCCUAGUUUGCAUGCAUUUCGUCCUGGUUGUUUGUGUUUGUGCCUGGUUUUUGUUCGCCUCUCGUGAGCAUCGCGUUAAUUUAAUCCGUCAACGUUUGUCAACGAGUUUCAUCGCAAUGGAGGCGAGUUCGAAUCCCACAACACCCACGACGGCGGUGGCCACCACCACAUCCACAUCCAGUCCAUCGCCAGCUGCGAGCACGAGCAGCAAAGGACACAGCCAAUCCGCCUCCGCCUCCGCAUCCGUAUCUGCAUCCGCAUCCGUCACACAGUCACAACUGCUGACCACCAGUCUGGAAAUGCCCAAGACGGAGGAUCUGUACAAUCUGUCGCUGGCCAGCGGACUAUCCGAAGGACAGAGAUCCCUAUCGGGUGCUCCGUCUGCCUCCUCCAGUCCCAUCAUGAGUCCGCAGGGCAAGAUCUUUGGCAGGAAUGCGAAUGGCACAAUGAUCACCACAUCGCGACCGGGCAACGAGGCGGAGGUGCAGCUGUACCGAGUCCUUCAGCGGGCCAGUCUGCUGGCCUACUACGACACCCUGCUCGAAAUGGGCGGCGAUGAUGUGCAGCAGCUGUACGACGCCGGCGAGGAGGAGUUCCUCGAGAUCAUGGCCUUGGUGGGCAUGGCCUCCAAGCCGCUCCACGUGCGCCGACUGCAGAAGGCGCUCCACGAGUGGGCCAACAAUCCGGGUCUCUUCCAGGGUCCCAUGAUGCCGCAUCUGGGUCUCUGCGAAACGCCACCGAAACCGGCAUUGAUCUUCAAUCCGGACACCACGCCCGCUCUGCCCCGCCAGAAGUUUCCCUCGUUCAAUCCCUCCGGCUCCUCCUUCGUGCCCUCGCCGGUUCCCCCGGCUCCCCUGCCCGCUUCCGCCUCGGCUCCCAAUCCCGCUGGCCCCCUGAUUACCCCAAACAGCUGUGCCUCAGCUCCUUCGGUGCCCAUGCCCCUCGUGCUGGCGCCCAAUCCGCUGACCAGCAGUCCGCAUCCCUCGGCGAACAGUAGUCUGCCGUCGAACACAGCCCACCAGGUCUCCUCCAGUUCACCCCAGCUCACACCUGUGCUCACCGAGGCGCAAAUCCAGCGGAUAACGAUGUGUGCGGAGAAGAUUGGCAGGCAGCUGCCACAGAGGGAACCCCGUGCCCAGACCACCAGGAAGCGCACCACCCGGGAACUGGAGCAGGUGAUCGCCAUGGGGGAACAGGAUCCGCGGCGCAUGGACGAGAUCCGUAAGUACUCGGCCAUCUAUGGCCGUUUCGAUUGCAAACGGCGGCCGGAGAAGCCGCUGACCCUGCACGAGGUGUGCGUCAAUGAGGCGGCGGCCCAGUUGUGUCGCAAUCCCCAGACCAUCUGGCUGCUGACCCGUCGCGAUGAGCUGUUCCCCCUGGCCCGCCAGAUUGUCAAGGAUGCCGGAUUUGGCCACUCGGCCAGCAUAGCGCGGUACGGUGGUCUGCUCACCCAGCUGCCCUCGCAGGGAGCGGGAUCGGGCGGAGGACGAGCACCGGGCGACACGGACUGCGAGUCCAGUGACGCCGCCGUGCCUUCCAAGCGACAGCGACUCUCCUCCACGGAGGCUGCCCAGCUGCCGCUCGACUUGAACCGGGAAGCUGUCGAGGAUUCGCGCUACAAUCUGUUUGCCAUGUACCAAAAGUUUGCCAAGCCGCCAUUCGAUCUUUCGGAAAUUGCCAAGUUCUCACUCAGCAAGGCGGCUGACUAUGAGGACAACGAUUCGCGCUUCUCGUUCAGCAACUCCAGCUCGCCGACCAUGCCAACGCCCUGCAAUGGAACGCUGGAAGGUGAGCGAUCGCCCGUCUCCCGCCAGUUGGAGUCCUCAUCGCCGCCCCGGGAAUCGGUGGAUUUGAGUGGCACAUCAUCCUCGGGCGCAGCUCUCAGUGGCGUCCAGGUCAUCUCGGCGGCGGGGGACAACAUCAUCGCGGUGGCCAAUCCCGCCCUGGCACUGAGUCCCGCUUUGAACGAGGUGCUUGCCCGCAAGAGGAGUGCUGCCUCGCCGGAGGCUUAGUUCUGGAGAGGAUUGGAUGGAUGCCAUUCGUAGUGCCAGAUUUGGUUACACACACCCAAAUCGUUUUCAUUCCAGUGCAAUUCAACUAGAUUAGUUACGUCUAAAGCAUAACUUUGUUUA